UAACUGUAAGUCGCUCUGGAUAAGAGCGUCUGCUAAAUGACUGAAAUGUAAAAUGUAAGAAAAGGUAUCUACUGCCACCUGCUGCCUCUAGAUGCCUCUGACAACGCAGCAAGGUUUCAUGGGAAAAGUGCACCACUUCAGUCUGAUUUAUUCUAAGGAGCGAGCUAAUCAAAACAAUGAAGGCAAUCAUUCAAAGAGUGACAACAGCGAGCGUGUCAGUGGGAGAGCUGCAGAUCAGCUCAAUAGGCAGAGGACUGUGUGUGUUGCUGGGUAUAUCCAUGGAGGACACACAGAAGGAUGUUAACUACAUGGUUCGUAAGAUCCUCAACCUGCGUCUGUUUGAGGAUGAGAACGGCCGGGCGUGGAGCAAAAGCGUAAUGGACAGGGAAUAUGAAGUCCUAUGUGUCAGUCAGUUCACUCUACAGUGCAUACUUAAGGGUAACAAGCCUGAUUUCCAUGCUGCCAUGCCUGCAGAGCUGGCCCAGCCCUUCUAUAAUAACAUCCUGGAACACCUGAGGAGCACCUACAAGCCUGAGAUGAUCAAAGACGGGCAGUUUGGGGCCAAAAUGCAGGUUCACAUCCAGAAUGACGGACCAGUCACCAUCGAGCUGGUGUCUCCUUCUGCUCCCAUGGACCCCAAACAGCUUGCUAAGCAGGAGAAACAGCAGCAGUGGAAAGAGAAGACGCGCUCUAAAGGACCCUUGGAGUCAGGCAGGGAGAGGGCCGCCCCGCACCCCAGAGAACAGGACCCUAACGCCAGCAGUGGAGCAGACGGAGACGUGUCGUCAGAGAGGGAGACCUAGGGCAGCACGGUUUACUAUAUUGAUGAUGGGAGGAGCCCAGUCUGCCAAAAUGGACUUAAUCUACAGAGACUGUGAGACGUGACUCUGGACUGUCCUCCUGUAAGAACUUAUUGGCCUCUUCCUCUCUAUCUUUCUCUACAACAGUGGCACUCUCUGCCUUGUACCCUCUCUGCCACUGUCUUCCUCUACUCAAAGACAUGGAACCUUCCACCCAAAAUCCAAUGGCACCUAUGCAGAGAGGGAAAGUGGCAUCACAAGAUGGAGAUGGAGGAGAUUCCCUCACCUUACUUUUGUAGUUCUUGUCUUAAUUUGAUAUUUAUGAAUGUUAUGAACAUGAUAUGCUAUGCUGUUGUUUAGUGGAUUCGAAUGGAAAUGUUGUCAUUGUAUAAAAGAAAACAUGGUGUGUGGA